AUGUCCCGUCAAAACUACGCAGUCCCCCUUGUGGGAGCAGCAGCCCUCCUCGGAGGCGGCAUCUACUACGUCCGCAAGCCCUCGACUACCUCAGGCGACGCCUCCCAACAAAUCGCAAACGCCGACAAGUCCCGUCCCUCAUCCGACGAGGUCGCCGACCAGAGAAAAAAGGCCGCGGACGCCAAGCGAGACAACGGCCUCGGCGGCGCAGGCAUCGGCACCAACACGGGCGCCACGGGCGGCGCUGAGCUGAGCACCGGCAACCGCGGCGGCAGCAGCGCCGACCGCGACACGCCCAAGGGCCCCAAGGAGAAGUUCCCCUCCGACGCCGGAGAGAUUGGCGGCGGGCCCGGUCGCGCCAACUCGAAUACCAGGGCGAUUGAGACGCAUGGCCCCUCCAUGAGCCCUGGGUCGAAUACGUUGACGGGGGCGUUGAGCGGCAAGAGUAAUGGGCCUAGCACCGGCGGCAGUAGCAGCGGCUCGGGAGAGGGAAUCGGGUCGAAGCUGCAAGGGUUCUUUACUAGUGGGAGCAAGGAUCGCGAAAAGCUGCGGCAGUCGCCUGUUGAUACCAAGAUUGCGAGCCAUUCGCCUGAUACGCCGACGAACCGUGGAGGGAGUCCGUGGGAUAAGGAGCGUAGGGAUGUGACUUCGGUUAACCGUACAAAGUCAUGA